AUGACUAUCUCUGCGCCCGAGGAGACACUCGCCCUGCUCACCCGAUUGAGCCAGAAGCCGGGCGUGCAAAGUACACUGGUGCUUGCACGCGAUACCGGUGCCAUCGUCCGUACUUCAGGCCUCGUGUCCACCAGCGAAACCCCAAAUUCAAGCAGCACCUUGCCGGCAUCCUCGAAUGGCACCGAUGCCUUUGGGAAUGGAAGGAAGGAAGGCGGUAUGCAGAGCGCCGAGGAUGUUGCACGGCUAGUGUAUGCAUUUGUCGGUUCGGCAGGGAAGAUGAUUGAGGAAUUCGACCAAGAAGACGAGAUGAAAUUGUUGAGAGUAAGGACCAAGAAGAACGAGCUGGUCAUCUAUCCAGAUGCCAAAUAUCUUCUCGUGGUCAUACAUGAUACGCCUCCCGCUUGA